CUUGCUAGCAAAGAAAGCAUUAAAUCGUCCACAGAUAGAAAUUAAGCUGGCUUUAAGUAAAGCUGAAUUCAAGAGAAUGUAUGCACACUACACACUCCAGAUCAGUAGGUGGCGCUAAUGCACCUUUUUCACCGCCAUAGAACACCAGAAGAAGAAGUACAGGUAAUGUUACAGUAUUCCUGAGCUGGUCUCGUGGAUGAAGGAUCUUCAGAAGAGUCUCCACAAUCCUCCCACUGCCGGCUACAGUCCAGAGAGAGGACAGAUGGAGAUGUGUGUCACCACCGGCAGUCAGGAGGGGCUCUGCAAAAUAUUUGAGAUGCUGGUCAAUUCUGGAGAUAGCGUCCUCCUCGACGCUCCCACGCAGCUGUAUGAAGCACACUUCCCAUCAUCACCAUUUUUUUCCUGCGAUCUCUCUCUCUCUCGAUCUCGAGCCAUUAAAUACCUGAGGAAGCUCCUGGAGCGCUGGGACCCAGCAGACGCACAGAAACCGGGAAGCAGCGUCCCGAGAGUCCUGUACACCAUCCCGAACGGAGGCAACCCCACCAGAGCGUCCGUGACCUGUGAGAGGAAACAGGAAGUCUAUGAGCUCAUCGUUUCUCAGCUGCUUCAUAGCUGGGGUCCAGAAGGUUUUCUCAAGCACAUUGACGGGGGGAUCGAGUUUUACAGAUCUCAGAGGAACGCCAUGCUCUCCUCAGCAGACCAAUGGCUCAAAGGCUUUCAGGAGACUGGCUGGUCUUAUCAAGGAUGCCAUGCGAGCGGCUGAUUUCCAGGAAGACGAAUCAAGCGUCUGAUAUUUUUAAUGUUCAAUAUCAUCUAUUAAAUGCUGCUGUCACAUGCCACAUAGACAAUGUUUUUUGUGCAACAAACCCAUAUUUUCACCUUCCAUAUGGUACAGAUGAAAAACUUGAAAUGGCAUUUAAUGACACCAUUUUAUUUCAUUUUUAUUCUUUAUUUAGGGUGUAUUAAGGGAAUGAAUUGUUCACUGAAGUUGAUUUACAAUGCAGUUUCAGCCGCUGUCUACAGGGAUACGUUUAAUGUGAUUUUAAAACUGGUUUAGUGUGUAAAAUGUUUAACCAUAAGAAGGUCAAGGUCAAGUGGAUGUAUUUUAUUGCAAUAGUCUGUUAUUGUAAAUCUUCAUGGUGAAUUGUGAAGGUUAAAGCUGUGGAUUUCCUUAAUGGACGGUGACCUGUAAUAUGAAUAGUUAGCUGCUAUUAACUUGAGCGGUUUUGAACACAAAUGAGUUGUAAAUGUACUGGUAUGUUGCACACAGACUAAUGGACUCUUAUCACAGACUGUAAUGACUCAUUUCUGCAAUAACUUGAAUCCAUCUCUGUUUUUUUCAUAUUUUGGAAAGU